CAUCCCCCUGGACGAGUCCUCCAGCCACGAGUGUGACCAGCGCAUGAUUCUCCUCUAUGGCGUGGGUAAGGAGCGGGAUGACGCGAGGCACCAGCUGAAGAGGAUCACCAAAGACAUCCUCAAGAUCCUGAACAAGAAGAGCACUACAGAAAUGGGUGUGGGGGACGAAGGGCAGAAGGCCCGGAAGACCAAACCAGAGGCGUUUCCAACCCUGGAGACUGUGUUCACAAAACUGCAGCAGCUGUCCUAUUUCAAUCAACAUCAGGUGACAUCCCAGAUCUCCAGCAAUGUCCUCGAGCAGAUCACCAGCUUUGCCUCGGGAACGUCGUACCACCUGCCCCUGGCUCACCACAUCCAGCUCAUCUUCGACCUCAUGGAGCCAGCGCUGAACAUCAACGGACUGAUAGACUUCGCCGUGCAGGUGAGCAGAGUUCAUCUGGGGAGCUCCGGGGAGGACAAAGCUGUGGGCCAUGUUCUGGGAAGCCAGAAAACCCCCAAGAGCUGGACUGCAAAUUCCCUCCGUGUGCUCGUGGCUGUUCCAGUUUCCUGCCCUCUCAGAGUGCCGGACACUUCUCCUUCCGCCGUGCUGUGACCGUUGUGGAGAAUCAAUAGAUGCAUUUUAUUUUUAAAUCUUUCAAAAUUAACAAAAUUCUGGAUUGUUUUAGAACAAAGGAUUUUAGGAUGGGCUUUGCUGUUUCGGACUAACCCACAGUGUCACCCAGUAACGCACCGGGGUGCCUGAAAUGCUGUGGAUUUCCAAAGAGCUCUUCUGAGGGAUGUUUUUUAUACUUCAAGCAUUUAUUUUGCUCCCUCUUCCCCUUGUUCUGUAGUGAGUAAAGAACUGCAUUUUUGUUCACCUCACAGCUUUCCUUAAUGUAUUUUUUUUUUUUGCUCCUGUUUUACGUGUUUGACUGGGAAAUUACUUUCAG